AUGUCUGUUAUCGGCCGUUUGCUGUGCAGACGACUCUGAACUCAGUCGUAUUCGUUUAUCACGGGGGCCCGCGUAUCCAGUUCCCCUUUGGCUGUUACCAAUGCUGAUCUAGCUUCAUCCAAAGUCGAAGGCAACCUAAUCCAACGCGAGUGUGCCAAACUCGAGGCCCGCGUUCGCGCGGAACUUUAUUUCGCUCUCCAAUAUCCGGAGUUGGAAUUGCGGAAACUGCACACCACCGCCUGGAACCGGUUAUGGUUCUCUGGUGUCACAUUGAGCCAUUCGUUCGCUCCAGGCGUCUUGAACGGAAAACACAUCAAUGCCACGCUCUACUACUUGGUAUCCAACACUCCAGAUCGGUUAUCCAUUCAAACAAAUAUCAACAAGACUGUGGUAGAUGAGUAUAAACUUCGAGCCCGGUCGCGAUACAAUUGUUCCACUGGAUCUGGUUUACUACUGAAAAUUUCCCUGUUCACGCAACAGAAGUAUCAGAUGUUUUUAUUGCAGGCUCUUUUGUUCUGUUUCGCUGUUGCACCUCUGAAUCGUUAG